AUGGACUACUUGCUAGACCCAGUAGACUUUGGUAUUAAAUAUAGUAAAGACUAUCCAAAAGCAACUGGCAAGGAAGCAAGAGCAAAAUAUGAAGAAUAUAAUGACUUCUACACUACAUACCAUCAGGACAACCCUGAAAGAAGCAACAGAAAGAAGAAUUUGAAUAUUGUUACUAGUUUUGUGUUAUAUUGCAAGUUAGAGUAG